AUGAGCAUGGUAGUCAUGAGCUCAGAACAUGCUCCAAGUCUCAAUGUAAGAGGUACACAAGCACAAGCCUCUACUAGCUCUGUAUCACAAUCCACUCUCAAACAACUCUUUCCACAAUAUUGGUCGCCAUUGAACCCAUCCGUUCAACCACGUGUUGAUGAUAUGAAAGGAUUUGAAUUUGUGUUGACUGAAAGAACUGGUCAACGAAAGAGUUAUCAUGGUGUGUUGCAAGUCCAUGCAAGCACUGCUCCACAAUGGGUUCAAGCAGAUAUCUUUGAUGGUCAACUCUCAUAUCAUUUGAACAUCAUGACAACUGGUUCCACUUUUAAGGUCGUCCAACAUAACAACAAGUUUUGUUUCACGUUGAACUUUAUUCCAAGAAACAAUUCCUUGAUUGCCAAAGUUGCUCAAUUUGGUUCUACUUUGCUCGCUGGUCAACAAACCACCUAUCGAUUCGCUGCAACUUCGACCAAGUACGAUUUAUUAAUUAACCAAAACUGUAACAAUUCUUCCAUGAAGAUGGAUGCUUUCAUCAUGGGCGAUGAUGGUUUUGUGUCAUGUGGUUCUCCAGUUCCUUCGUCCUCUGUAGCUGUGAAUGCACAAUUCUUUAUCACCAGAAAUACAUUCAUUCGAGUGACGAAACAUAUUUCAGGAAAACGUAGACAAUUAGCAAAGAGAUGUUUGUCAUUGGAUAAAUUCGAUCGACAACUUGCUGCUACUUUGGGAGAUCGAUACUUUGCAGAAUUGUUGCACGACACUGUUGACAAUGGUCAAAGCAUCUCUGCUGCUUACCCAAGACCAACUUUCUGGUUUGAAUCAAGCAUAGAAGCAUGUUCUCUUCCUUACAUGGCAGACUCAACCAAAUGUAACUAUUACAACACUCCAGUUGGAACCAAAGUUUGUAUUUUCAUUCAUGGUGCAGGUGGUGUGAAAGAUCAAGCUCCAAAAUACAAUUCAUUCAAAGAUUAUUGGGGUGACAUUGAACAAUGGACACCUCAAUGCUCAAAGAGAGUCUUUGCAGUGAGAAACACUCGAGAUGUUGGUUGGGAUGAUCGAAAUUUGCAACAAUAUUAUUGUGACUUGGCUCGCAAGGAAAGUGGAUACAAUGUCACUGUGAAUGGCGUUCCACAAUUGAAAAAUGUCAUCUUAUUCACUCACUCACAAGGAGGUUUGGUCAUGUCAGCUGCUCUUAGAAACAAACUCUGUGCAAUUGACGGCUACUCCUCAAGUUGGUACUCCAUUUCAACUCCUUUCCAAGGAUCUGGAGUGGUUGCCAAGUUGGUCAAGUAUUGUUCUGCUUACUCAAAGGGACCAUUCAAUCCAUUGAAUAAGGAUUACGUGUUUGGUUAUUUAGCAGCCAAGUACGGUUAUUGUAAUCAAAAGACUGGUCUUCCCUAUCCAGGAUACAUGUCUUUAGCUCCAAACUUUGUUGCAAAGGACGGUACUACUACAGCUACUCUCUACACAGCUCAAUUAUCCUAUACUUUGAAACCAGAAGGAAGAAUGUGUGGCACUAGUCCAAUCGGUAUCAUUUCCAAGUAUUCCUUUAUUUUAACUCUCUUGUCUGAAUCAACCAACAUUGCCAAUCCAAACGACGGUAUGCUUGAAGGAUCUAGCUGCACCAGCCAAUCGACCACAGCCUAUACUGCUCUGUUUUCUUCCAAAUUCUAUCUUGCCAAUUUGAACCAUGCAGACACUUCAUGUAGAAACGGCAAUGGUUGGUUCUCUCGCUCUAAACAACCAUGCUUGUAUUUCAAGGGUAAAAUGUAA